CUCCCUCUGCGGUCCCCCCCCCCUCCCCCCUCUCCUCUCACUUCCUGGAAUGAACCAUCUGCCCGCGCCGUUCAUUCCCUCGCUCCAAUCCCAUCCGCCUAUUCCCCGUGCCUACUGAUAGGCCAGAUAUCGUGACGCUUGGGCGCAACUCCCCGGGAGGUCGGAAGCCACAAUCAUGGGUCACUCACGACGUCCUGCCGGCGGGGAGAAGAAGAGUCGCGGCUUCGGUCGCUCCAAGGCCGCCGACGUGGGCGACGGGCGCCAGUCCGGCAAGCCCCAGGUCAAGAAGGCCACCUUCGAAAGCACAAAGAAGAAGGAGAUCGGUGUCUCCGAUCUUACCCUGCUCAGCAAGAUCUCCAACGAGGCCAUCAACGAGAACCUGAAACUCCGCUUCGAACAUGACGAGAUCUACACAUACAUUGGACAUGUGCUGGUGUCCGUCAACCCGUUCCGGGACUUGGGCAUCUACACCGAUACCGUCCUCGAUUCGUACCGCGGGAAGAACCGCCUCGAAGUCCCCCCGCACGUCUUCGGCGUGGCUGAGUCCGCCUACUACAACAUGAAGUCGUACAAGGAUAACCAGUGUGUGAUCAUCUCCGGCGAGUCGGGUGCCGGCAAGACCGAGGCGGCGAAGCGCAUCAUGCAGUACAUCGCCAGCGUCUCCGGCGGCACCGACUCCUCCAUCCAGCAGACGAAAGACAUGGUGUUGGCCACCAACCCGCUGCUGGAGUCGUUCGGAAACGCCAAGACCCUGCGCAACAACAACUCCUCGCGCUUCGGGAAAUACCUCGAGCUGGAAUUCAACGCCGCCGGCGAGCCCGUCGGCGCCAACAUCACCAACUACCUGCUGGAGAAGUCCCGCGUCGUCGGCCAGAUCACCAACGAGCGGAAUUUCCACAUUUUCUACCAGUUCACCAAGGCCGCCCCGCAGAAGUAUCGAGAUACCUUCGGUGUGCAGCAGCCCCAGUCCUAUGUCUACACCAGCAAGUCCAAGUGCUUCGAUGUGCCGGGCGUCGACGAUACCGCCGAAUUCCAGGACACCAUCAACGCCAUGGGCGUCAUCGGCAUGUCCGAGGCCGAGCAGGAUAACGUGUUCCGCAUGCUGGCCGCCAUCCUGUGGAUCGGUAACGUCUCGUUCAGCGAAGAUGACUCCGGCAACGCCGCCAUCACCGAUCAGUCGGUCGUCAACUUCGUCGCGUACUUGCUGGAGGUCGAUGCUGCGCAGGUCAACACGGCGCUCACGAUCCGCCUGAUGGAGACAGCCCGCGGCGGGCGCCGAGGGUCGGUCUACGAGGUGCCGCUGAACACGACGCAGGCGCUGGCAGUGCGCGAUGCGCUGGCUAAGGCCAUCUACUUCAACCUGUUCGACUGGAUCGUCGGCCGCGUCAACUCCUCGCUGACCGCCCGGGGCUCCGUCACCAACUCCAUCGGAAUCCUGGAUAUCUACGGGUUCGAGAUCUUCGAAAAGAACUCGUUCGAGCAGCUGUGCAUCAACUACGUGAACGAGAAGCUGCAGCAGAUCUUUAUCCAGCUGACGCUCAAGGCGGAGCAGGAUGAGUACGAGCGCGAGCAGAUCCAGUGGACCCCGAUCAAGUACUUCGACAACAAGGUUGUGUGCUCGCUGAUCGAGGACAAGCGGCCGCCCGGCGUCUUCGCGGCCCUGAACGACGCUUGUGCGACCGCGCACGCCGACUCAGGUGCGGCAGACAAUACGUUCGUCGGCCGACUCAACUUCCUGGGCCAGAACCCCAACUUCGAGAGCCGCCAGGGCCAGUUCAUCGUCAAGCACUAUGCGGGCGACGUCAGCUACGCGGUGGAGGGGAUGACUGACAAGAACAAGGACCAGCUGCUGAAGGAUCUGCUGAACCUGGUGGGCUCCAGCGGCAACCCGUUCGUGCACACACUGUUCCCCAACCAGGUGAACCAGGAUGACAAGCGGCGUCCACCCACGGCCAGCGACAAGAUCAAGGCGUCGGCCAACGAUCUAGUGGCGACUCUGAUGAAGGCUCAGCCGUCGUACAUCCGAACCAUCAAGCCGAACGACAACAAAGCGCCCCGGGAAUACAACCAAGGCAACGUGCUGCACCAGAUCAAGUAUCUGGGUCUGCAGGAGAACGUGCGCAUCCGCCGCGCGGGCUUCGCCUACCGCCAGACGUUUGAUAAAUUCGUGGAGCGCUUCUACCUGCUGUCGCCCAAGACGUCCUACGCCGGUGACUACACGUGGACGGGCGACUCGAUUUCGGGCGCGCGCCAGAUCCUGAAGGACACGAGCAUCCCCAGCGAGGAGUACCAGAUGGGCAUCACCAAGGUGUUCGUCAAGACGCCGGAGACGCUAUUUGCCCUGGAGGCCAUGCGCGACCGGUACUGGCACAACAUGGCGAUCCGCAUCCAGCGGGCCUGGCGCAACUACCUGCGCUACCGCGCGGAGUGCGCCACUCGCAUCCAGCGGUUCUGGCGCCGGAUGACAGGUGGACUGGAGUUCAUCAAGCUGCGGGACCAGGGACACAAGGUGCUGCAGGGCAAGAAGGAGCGUCGCCGGAUGAGUCUGAUCGGGUCGCGGCGGUUCCUCGGCGACUACGUCGGGGUGGGCAACAAGGGAGGGCCGGGCGAGAUGAUCCGCAACGGUGCAGGCAUUAGCGGAUCGGAGGAUAUCCUGUUUACCUGCCGUGGUGAAGUGUUGAUUUCGAAAUUCGGGCGGUCCAGCAAGCCGUCCCCGCGCAUCUUUGUUCUGACCUCCAAAAAUGUAUAUAUCGUGGCACAAACGUUGGUGAACAACCAGCUGCAGAUCGCCUCGGAGCGGACGAUACCCAUCGGCGCUAUUAAGUCGAUCAGCACAUCGAACCUGCAGGAUGACUGGUUUUCGAUCGUGGUGGGAGCGCAGGAGCCAGACCCUCUGUUGAACUGCGUAUUCAAGACGGAGUUUUUCACGCACCUCAGCAAUGCACUGCGGGGCCAGCUGAACCUGAAGAUAGCGGAUCACAUCGAAUACAACAAGAAGCCCGGCAAGCUGGCGACGGUCAAGGUGGUCAAGGACCCUGGUGCCGGCGUCGACAGCUACAAGAGCAGCACCAUCCACACCAGCGCCGGUGAGCCGCCGAGCUCCGUCUCGAAGCCCACGCCCCGCCCGAAGCAGGUCGCCGCGCGCCCUGUGACCACCGGCAAGCUGCUGCGUCCGGGCGGCCCGGGCGGUGGCCCGUCGAAGCUGGCCUCCCGACCGGCGCCUCCACGCCAGCCCUUGCCCGCUCGCCCCCAGCCUCAGGCCGCUGUUGUACCACCGCCAGCGCCGCAGCCAGCGGCCCAGCCUGUCGCGCGGCCGGUCCCGCAGCCGGUUGCUGCGCUCUCCGGACACACGCGCAACGCAUCGUCAGGAUCCGCCCGUGGGCCGCCGCCACCGCCGCCGGCCAGCCCGCCGGCGCAGAAGAAGCCGACGGCGAAGGCGCUGUACGACUUCAACAGCGACCAGACCAACGAGCUAUCGAUCCGGGCGGGUGACAUUGUGCAGAUUGUAUCGAAGGAGGGAAAUGGAUGGUGGUUGUGCAUGAACGCAGCGACAUCGGUGCAGGGCUGGACACCAGAGGCAUACCUGGAGGAGCAGGUUGCGGCGACGCCCAAGCCCGCGCCGCCACCGCCGCCGCCGGCCGCACCGCGGGCGAACGGGGCCGUGGCAGCCGCCAAGUCGAAGCCCGCGCCCCCGGCUCCGCCGAUGAAGCGGCCCAACAUGGCAGGACGCAAGGUGGCGCCGACGCCGCCGCCGGCGCCGCGGGACAGCGCGGUGAGCAUGAACUCGCACGACUCGUCGGGCGGCAGCGGGCGGGGGACGCCGAACAGCGCGUCGAACGCGAGUCUGGCGGGCGGGCUGGCGGAGGCGCUGAAGGCGCGGCAGCACGCGAUGCAGGGGCACCAGGAUGAUGAUGAUGAGUGGUGA